AUGGGUUGUAUGGGUAGAGACUCGGAGAAGGUUGUCAGUGAGGACCAGAAGUGGGCAUAUAUUACACUUUCCGACUUUAGGAGCAAGUCAUGUCUCGCUGGAUUUUCUUACGUAUGGUUGUGGAUCCUUACUCUCAUUUCAAUCGGUGUCUAUGCCGCAGACACUUUCACCGCAGUCAAUCUUCUUGCAUUCGAUCGUUGGUCGAGCCAGGUACGGCCUGUCAUUCCAUUCGUUUACGCAAAAUGGAUUUUUGCUGGGGCCAUUAUAUUCUCCUUUGCCCUCUUAGCCUUUGAAUGGGUUCUAGCUAUUAGAGCUUUGCGAAGGGGUGGUGUUGUAGACACUUACAUGGACCCGCUUGCUGCCAUCGUCCAGAGUAUACGACCGGACCAGGGUCAAGGCUUCCGACGUUUUCUUGUCCUGGCUGAACUCACCAAGAGUAAGAAGGGGGUCAACUACAUUGCGCUCUUUGUGUACUUCCAGUUCAAAGGCGCCAUCCGAGUCAUAUUCGCCGAAGGUCCCCGUGUUGUUAUCAAUGCUAUGACUCUUUGGUCUGUUAUGAGACUCAACCUCAUUCCUGAGGGUGAGCAUCAACCUGAAAACGGCCGAUCGAAAUUUGCCCAGUUCUUUGUCAAUAUUGAGGCACUAGCAGAAGCCAACAAAGAGCAGACAGUCAUUUUGUCGACUAUGACUUUCACAUUGGUCAUCUGGGCCUUUGAAAUCCUGUUCUUAUUUAUCGCUCUUGUUUUGUACCUUCUGUUUCUUUGGCAUCACGUCCCUAACACAGAUGGAUCCCUGGCGCGUUACUGUCGACGCAAGAUUGAGUCUAGAUUGGAGCGUAUCGUCAGCGCCAAGACACAAAAGGCUAUCGCCAAGUCAGAGGCGAAACGAAUCAAGGAUGAGCAAAAGGCAGCCAAGAAAGAAGACCGACCACAAUGUAGCAAACAACCGACCCUCCCUGUGCUCAACACGACAUUUGACGACGACGACACGAUGUCAACACCCUCGCUAGCAAGACUCAAUUCUGUGGCAACCUUACCGCCAUACUCAUCUUUACCGCCUACACGGAGCAAUACCGCUGCAGGUGGUUCUAUAGAUGAUCGCCAACCUAGGAUGCCAGAGUUUGAAGAUGAGUUCGAAAGAUCAGGAAUGCAGGCUCGAUCCAUGACUCAAUCUUCCAGCUAUAGCGCUCAUACCGAUGGUCCACUUCUCAGCUAUGCGAGCCCCAUGGGCUACGACGAGCCGGGACGCUCAUCGCCUAUCCCAGUGAUGCCACCACUGGAACGGAUGAAUGAUUUCAACAGAGUAGGCACCGACCGCCCCUACUCCCCGAUGUCACGUCCUGUCACAUCAAAUUCGAACCGGAAUGGGCCUUACGGCGGUAUGCGCCCACCUCCACGUUCAAACACAGCAUUCAGUGCCCCCGGCCGCGGCCCUUCUGGUCCAAUGGACGGUCCACCUAGAUCAAACACUGGAAUGGGACGUCGAACACCAGGACCUCCACCGAUGGCAGAUCAGUGGUCGCCUUACGAGGCCGACUAUACAACCCAGAAGGGUCCUUCGUACGAGAUGAGUCGUGUGGACACUUCCCACAACGAUGCGCCACCAAGGUCGCUGACGCCAGGCGGGCCACCUAGGGGGGUAACAUCGUCUGUUCCGCCACAGCGCAGCUUCAUGUCGCCCGUCGGAUCACAAGCUGGUGGAUACAGAAGUGCGUCUGCAGCGCCGCAACAGCCCGCGUUCACAGUCGCCAGUCAAAGGCAACAAGCUGGAUGGCAUGGCGGCGCACGCCUGGGCAAUGGACAGUUCCGCAACUGA